UGGGCAUGCGUGCGAGCCUGCUCGGGUAUCAUAUUAUGGUUAUGAAAGCUUCAAUAGAAGAUGAUGAUUCAGGAUGGGAGCUCAGUUUACCUGACAAGAUGGAAAAGAGUAAUACAAACUGGAUAGAUAUUACCCAGGAUUUUGAAGAGGCUUGUAGAGAAUUGAAGUUGGGAGAACUGCUUCAUGACAAGCUUUUUGGUCUUUUUGAAGCCAUGUCUGCCAUUGAAAUGAUGGACCCCAAGAUGGAUGCUGGCAUGAUUGGAAAUCAAGUUAAUCGAAAGGUUCUUAACUUUGAGCAAGCUAUCAAGGAUGGCACCAUUAAAAUUAAAGAUCUGUCUUUACCUCAGCUGAUUGGAAUAAUGGAUACUUGUUUUUGCUGCUUGAUAACAUGGUUAGAAGGUCAUUCCUUGGCACAAACAGUGUUUACUUGCCUAUAUAUACAUAAUCCGGACUUCAUAGAAGAUCCUGCCAUGAAGGCUUUUGCUCUGGGGAUCCUUAAAAUCUGUGAUAUUGCUAGAGAAAAAGUAAAUAAAGCUGCAGUUUUUGAAGAGGAAGAUUUUCAGUCCAUGACGUAUGGAUUUAAAAUGGCUAAUAGUGUGACAGAUCUUCGAGUUACAGGCAUGCUAAAAGAUGUAGAAGAUGACAUGCAACGAAGAGUAAAGAGCACUCGAAGUCGACAAGGAGAAGAAAGAGAUCCAGAAGUUGAACUAGAACAUCAGCAGUGCUUAGCAGUAUUCAGCAGAGUGAAGUUUACCCGUGUACUACUGACAGUUCUUAUUGCCUUCACCAAAAAAGAGACAAGUGCAGUUGCAGAAGCUCAGAAGCUAAUGAUUCAAGCAGCUGAUCUGCUUUCUGCCAUCCACAACUCAUUACAUCAUGGUAUCCAGGCUCAGAAUGAUACUACAAAAGGAGGUAAGCAUCAGGGGUUAGCAGAUCCAGGAGUGGGUAGCUUGAUUAAUCAGGAUGCUGAAGAUGCAAAUCUUUUAAAUGUGAAAGUUGAGCCUCUUGUUAACCAGAGGUUGCUCCCUCCAACUUUUCCUCGAUAUGCAAAAAUAAUUAAAAGGGAAGAAAUGGUCAACUAUUUUUCCAAACUGAUAGACAGAAUAAAAACUGUUUGUGAAGUGGUCAACUUAACUAAUUUGCACUGUAUACUGGAUUUUUUCUGUGAAUUUAGUGAGCAAUCGCCUUGUGUUCUUUCAAGAUCUCUCUUACAGACUACUUUUCUUGUGGAUAAUAAGAAGGUAUUUGGUACGCAUCUCAUACAAGAUAUGGUGAAAGAUGCAUUAAGAUCGUUUGUCAGUCCUCCAGUACUUUCUCCUAAAUGUUGUCUAUAUAACAACCACCAGGCUAAGGACUACAUUGAUUCUUUCGUGACCCAUUGUGUUCGGCCAUUUUGUAGUCUGAUUCAAAUUCAUGGACACAAUAGGGCUCGCCAGAGAGAUAAACUGGGUCAUAUUCUUGAGGAAUUUGCCACUCUGCAGGAUGAGGCAGAGAAAGUAGAUGCAGCACUUCACAGUAUGCUGCUGAAACAAGAGCCCCAAAGGCAACAUCUGGCUUGUUUGGGCACCUGGGUCCUCUAUCAUAAUCUCCGCAUCAUGAUACAGUAUCUUCUGAGUGGCUUUGAAUUGGAACUUUACAGUAUGCAUGAAUAUUAUUACAUAUAUUGGUAUCUUUCUGAAUUUCUCUAUGCCUGGCUGAUGUCAACACUGAGUCGUGCUGAUAGCUCUCAAAUGGCAGAAGAGAGAAUAAUGGAAGAGCAGCAGAAAGGCCGUAGUAGUAAGAAAACAAAGAAAAAGAAAAAAGUUCGGCCUCUGAGCAGAGAGAUCACCAUGAGCCAAGCGUAUCAGAAUAUGUGUGCUGGGAUGUACAAGACGAUGAUAGCUUUUGACAUGGAUGGCAAAGUCAGAAAACCCAAAUUUGAACUUGAUAGUGAGCAAGUUCGAUAUGAGCACAGGUUUGCUCCAUUCAACAGUGUCAUCACGCCACCACCAGUGCACUAUCUGCAAUUCAAGGAAAUGUCUGACCUAAAUAAAUACAGCCCCCCUCCACAGUCCUCUGAUCUCUAUAUGGCAGCUAGCAAACACUUCCAGCAGGCUAAAAUGAUAUUGGAGAAUAUUCCUAAUCCAGAUCAUGAGGUCAACCGAAUUCUAAAAGUUGCUAAACCCAACAUUGUUGUCAUGAAGCUGCUCGCAGGAGGUCACAAGAAGGAUUCUAAGGUUCCUCCAGAAUUUGACUUCUCUCCUCACAAAUAUUUCCCAGUUGUGAAGCUUGUUUGAAAGACAAGAGAUGAUAAUUAGGAUACCCUAAACCACAAUCUGUAUAUCAGAUACCUGAUUUGAAAUGGAACAUUUCAUACUGUACCCAGAAGUGAAAUGGAUUUCACGGAUAAAAGUACCAUUGUAUGGAGUAUCUUUAGUCUGACUUCCUUACAUGACCUGAAUGACAACUGCUGUUUUAAAGUGGUUUGUAUAAUGUUCUAUGAGUGAAGCUGUUUUUAAUCAACUGCAUUGCUUAACAGCACUGUACCUUAUUUGGUUUUAUUACAGAUUUAAUCAUAAAUCAUUUUUAUGAA